GUCUUUUUGUUUUGCCAUUAAUAGGCGCAGCCUUAAUAAUAGAUUUAUUCUGUCAGUUACUUUUUAUCUUUUUCUUUCUCUCCCUCUCCCAGUUUUCUUUUUCCUCCUCUCCGUUUCAGUCGUUCUUCAUGGCCUUUGGUUUCUUCACUUCUCCCUCCCUUGAUUUUUCCGACGAGGGAAUUUUUUUCUUCUUUUGGGUGGGGUUAUACUCACCCCUUCAGGCUAAUCAUAGAUCUGAAGACUUUUAUAUCAAGUCUUCAGCAUCGAUGCCUGAUAAAAUAGACAAAUGUCUGUUGGAUAAGUCAGUUUGUUUGAUGGUUGUUUUGUAUCUCUUCUAUUAAUUAUUCGUUUUUCUUGAUUAUUAUUUUUAUUUAUUUAUUACAUUUUGAUGGGUCUAAUGAUAGAUCUGAAGACUAGUAAUAUAUCAAGUCUUUUAGGACAAGUUUGUAUUUCUGAUGGUGUUUUGAGGGUUUGUUGUUGUGUAUUGCAUCCCUUAAUUAUUCUUUUUCGUCAUUAAUUUUAUUUUCCUACUUUUGUUUUUUAAUUAUUAGGUAAAUAAUUUUAUUUUUCUAUCUAUUUGAUGGGAUGGUCCUCAUCCGUUCUGGCUAAUCAUAGAUCUGAAGACUAAUUUAUCAAUUGUUACAUCGUUGCCUGAUGAACAUACAGUCUUUAGGACGAGUUUGUGUGUGUGUUUGAUGAUGUUUUGAAGAUAAAUCAAACAAAAAUUCCAUAUAUUCCGUAUAUUUAUAUCAAGGAGGAUCUAUAACCCUGGAUGACCACUUACAGUUUCUCAGGUUUCUUUUUAAGUCCCAUGAACCCUAACGUGUUAUGUGUCUAUCUUUACACUAAGUGGCAGGCUAGACUACAAACCUCCAUAGAUCCUCCUACAGAGGAACCUGUUUAUCCAUUGAAAUUAUGAUCUGUUUCAUGGUAAUUAUGAGUCUCCCUACUCAAUGUAAAGGGAGAUUUUUAAGUCUUUACUUAUGUAAAUGGAGGUAGGCUCUUAUCUGUUGCUAAUCACUAAUUUUGUUUUAAUGUGUUGGAUGAGAGGACACUAUUAUUUGGAUCUGGAUUUGACUUUUAAUUGCUUGUACUACUUGUUGUUAUUUUUGUCUAAUUCCAAUUGCAGGCCUUCCUUGCUUUCGCUGCAAAUGAGAUUUAAAGUUUUUCAAGUGCAAUGAAUUUUUAAUUUGGUUAAUUUCAUCAUGGAUGGCAGAUCUUUUAUUAGGUAAUGGUUGUAUCAUGUCUUGGAAUCAAAUUAUAUUUAAAACAUUCAGUGUUCAAACCCGUUCAUUUUCCAUUGCAUAUAUGUUUGCUUCUAUUUUGCCAUUUGUUUUCUUAAUUAAUGAUGUUAUUUUUAAUUAUACAAUACCAUUCUCAUUUUUUGUUUUCUGUUAAUGUGUUUGAUUUAAAAAAAAAAAAAAAUCUUUUGAAGGUUACAACAGCAAACUAUUUCAUGAACCCAAGUCACUAAAUUCUGUCCAUAAUAUUAUUGGCUCCUGCCUCUUCCAACUGUGAGCCCAACUCUCAAAAAUAUUUUUUCCCAAGGCCCACCCAUCCAGUAGUAUUCAUAGGGUUUAAGUCAUUUAUUCUAACACCUCAUUCAAAGCAGCAGCAGCAGCAGUUCUCAACUUCUCAUCCUACUCAAAAAACCAACUCAAGCAUCUGUUUCCUUCUCCAAAAACAAAAAUGGCAGAUGCCUUUGAGGCCUGCUUGACCCUUUAUUAAGAUUCCUCCUAAGAUUCAAAUUUGGGAUAAACCCUAUUCUUUACUACAAAAUGGCAAGAGGCAUGUGUAAUCAUUCCUCAAGAUUCUGCCUGAAAAACAGAUGUGGGAAGAACCCUGGAAAGUACUGCACCUGCAAACAACAGAGACAGAGAUUCAGUAGACGCUUCACCCGUGGAAAACACUGCAAACGUGGCACCUGUAUAACUGUGAUGAAAUUUGAGAAUGAAUUUGGUAAGAAUGCCAUUUUUAUGGGCGGUGACUCAAGAAGAGGGUUUAUGGUGAAAACUACACCAAAACAGAUGGUUGUGACAGAUGAUAUGGUUCUGAAGAUAAGGCCGGUUGGCAGGACUCGCAUUUUUGUUGCUGGGACUGGUGAUGCAUAUAAUAUUGAAUUGGCACACGGGUUUAUGUCUUCUUCUUUUGCAAGUCAAUUCAAUACACCUUAUGAAGUGGCUCAGUGUUUGAAAUCAGAAUUUUAUAAUUGUGGAGCUAGCUUCAUUGUCGCUGGGUGGACCAAGAAACAUGGCGCUGAAGCAUAUUUUGUCGAUAAAAAGAGUAAAAUUAAUGUGGUCUCAGACUAUCAUACUCUAGGCUGUGGCCGCAGAGGUGCUGCUGCUGCCUAUAGAGAUCCUGUUAGGGGAUACCAGCCAAUUUGUACCAUCAAUGAUGCUGCAGAAAUUGUUCGUAGAGCAGUAUGUUUCGGUGCAGCAGCAAGUGCUGGUGUUGGAGGGACUCUCUAUGGUAUUCUUUUGUUAUUUAACCUCCAAUUUGAAAUACUUUAUCCUGGUUCUUAUAUUGUCGAUUCUGGUUACUUUUCUUAUGGUUUUGUGUUUUCUUUUGUAGAUGAGUAUGUUGGAGGUGAUGAUGGUGUCUAUAACAAUCUUGGAAUUGAGAGGAAUAUAGCUGUUCGGAACGAAACUAUUUAUGGAAUUGGACCUCCAAGAGAUGUUAUAGUUUAUGAUUAUCCCUCAGACUUAGAGGUUUGAUGUAAGUUCUCCUUUAGCAUUAUAUGCAGUAUUUUACUGAAUUAUAAUUCCAGAAAAAUGCUAGUUUACCAAGUUUCUGUGAUGUUUUACUCUGACCUGGAACAUCUUUAAGUCAUUAACCUGUUACAACCUGCACCAUCUCUUUAUUGUUUGCUGGAAGUAGUUCCUUUGGAAAUCCUAAAAAGGCUUAUCGACUAAGCAUUAUCACUCAACUAAAACUUCAAUCUUUACUGGGUUUGUUAUUAGGACUGUUAAAUUACCUUUAUCAUGUUGCUGUGGUUUUCUUAUGACGACCUGCAACACUUUUAAGUCGCUAACCCAUUACUACCCCCUGUCUCUUCGUUAUUUGCUGGAAAUAAUUCCCUUGGAAAUCCUAAAAAGGCUUGUGGAUUUCAGAAGUUUAUUUAAAUACUAAGCAUUAUCCGGCUUGUGGAAGUAAAAAGUUUAUUUAAAUCCUCAGCAUUAUCGCUCAAACUUGAAAUUCAACCUUUACUGGGGUUAUUAGGAUGGUUCAUUACCAUAUUGUGAGCUCAAUUUUACAGAUUCUGCAUCCUACUAUUGGCUACAUUUGUCUGUUUGAUUUAGGAUUUUUUUUUAUUUUUAAAUCUGUCUGUUGAUUGAAUCUCUCUUUUUUCCUUCUUUUUUUAUUUUUGGAAAAAAAGAGCAAAAUAUUUAUUUUUCUAAUUCAUCUCUCACUGUUAUUAAUUUUGGAUUUCACUUUCAAGUCAUUAACCCAUUAUUACGUUCCCUAUCACUGGAGUUAGGAGGUAAUCUUAAAAAGGCCUGUGGAAGUAAGAAGUUUAUUCCAAUACUUAGCAAUACUAAUCUUUACUGGUUGUUUUUAAGACUGACAGGAUGCUUUUCUGGAGGUAGGUGAAGUUGAUGCAGAGAGCAAGAUAAGAAAGUGGACUAAGCUAAGCCUCUGUUUCUCCUAAGUUCUUUUUAUAGCUUUUAAGUGCUAAGUGUGGCAUGGAAUAUUGAAAGUAGUAGAGUUGAUUACUGUUUUGACAUGUUUUGGAUCUGGUUAGUAGUAUAGUAGUAAAACUAGUAGCAUCUUUACUGUUUUGACAUGUUUUGGAUCUGGUUAGUAGUAAAAUUAGUGGCAUCUUUUUGCCAGAUAAGUAGACUGGUUUCCACUGCUUUGUUGUGUUACAGAUGAAGUUCCGGUUCCAAUUCAAUAAAUCUAUUAAGCGAAUGGAGUUUUGAUUUCUUUUCCAUAUUCAUUCCAUCGAUCUCAUUCUAAACUAUCAUUCUAUGGCUGAACCGAAGUGAUUAUUUCUGUGGUUUUUUUAAAAAAAAUGUAUUUCACUAACCAAUAAUCAGAAGACGAGGAAGGUCGGUGCAAUGGGAUCACGGCGACCCACGUUGUGUUUCUUCUGGGCACCGAUUGGAUUGGGGGUGAAAUCCAGAAGAAACGGCAUGAGAGAGAUUGCAGAAAAAAUAGCAGGGAGAAGGGAGCGAUUUUAAGAGAAGUAUAUUAAUCAUUUUGCCAAUUCGUAAUGCAGAAAUAAAAGUGGAUGAUAUUUUUAAGUUAUCGUUUAGGCUCCGUUUGGUUGCAUUGAAUUGAGACCAAGAAUUGGAAUUGGAGCUCUUUAAUUCCAAUUCUUGUGUUUGGUUAACAAAAAUUGAAGUGGAAGAAUUGGAAUUGGAAUACUAUUUUGGGUUCAAUUCUUUGAUUUUAAUUCUUUUGUGGGGGUAAAUAAUUGGAAUUCAAAUUCAAGGGAUUAAAAAAAAUUCGCGGGUCUAAACCGGGUCAUUUUCGGGUUAUAACAUAAACGGGUCAUCUCUUUCUUUUUUCCCUUAAGUCCUUUUCUUUUCUUUUUUUUUUUGGCUUUCAGCCCUUGCCCUUUUUCUUUUCGUUUUGUUUUUCUUUUUUUCAGCUUUUUGUCUUCUUCUUAUUAUUAUUAUUAUUAUUAUU